AAUUUUUAAUAAGCAUUAUUUAAGUUUUUUUUGUUCAAUAAUAAUUCAACUUGAGUUUACAUAAUCUGUUUUCUUUAUAAAAUUCAUAAAUAAAUCAAAUACUUCCUUCAAUUUAAUGUAAUAAUUAAUAAAUAUUUAUAGCUCAAAAUGACAUAUCGGAAUACAACGUCAAUAGAAAUUGUUAUCCCCACUUGUAAGAGAUUGUUCCAUUCAAAAUAAGUGAGUUAUUUUGCGAUGAAGUCACAAUGUUUAAUUUGACCGCACCAACAAAUAUUCGAUGCAAUGGAGUUGUUAAUACUGCAUCAAAAACAACAACAGUACCGCGUGUUCAACGAUCACCGACCACAUCUAUACCAUCAUUAAUCAAUAAGGAUACAACAACAACACAUUCAACAUUAAAAUAUGUUGAUAAUAAUAAAAUCACAUCGAAUUCAUGUUCGUUUCUAAUAAAAAAAGAAGUAUCAUACGAUGAUCCAUAUGCAUUUCAUGACUCGGAAGUAAAUUUAUUAAAUAGUGCAACAUUAUUAAAAAAACAAUUAAUUAAAACAGAACCACCACAAUCCUCUUCACCUAAUAAUAAAAAUAAUGUACAUAAUAUUAAUAUUAAUAAUACCAAUACCAAUACGACCACGACCACGUUAGCUUUAUUAAAUCCUAAUUUAAUAAAAAGUGAAAAACAAACAAAUAAUAAUAAUGAUGGUGGUGGUGGUGUCUGUUCAAAAACAAUGAACAAAUUGCAAGCGCAAAUUGCACGACAUAAAGUGAAUGUUAAACAUAAAAAAGAAAUAAGUCCUGUACCAAAUAAUAUUACAAAAAUUGAAUCUUCUUCUGUUGAUGUUAAGCCCAGUAUUAUAGAUAUAAGUGAUAAUAAUAGUACAGUGUAUCGUAAAUUAUUUACGGAUACGGGUAAUAAUUUAACUAAAACACGACGUGUCAAUUUAAAAACAACACAUCAUGAAACAUUACAAAGGAUACGAACGCGAAAACGUGUUUGGCAUGCUCCAUAUCAGUAUGGUAAUGUGUGUGAUGCAUUUAGUUUAUCGGAUACCGAUGAUUCGGAUAUGGAUGAAGGUGUUAUGACAUUGGGUAAUAUAAAUCAUUGGAGUACACUGGUUGGAGUGGAUCGUGAGAUGCAUAUACAAAGGAAUCGUGAACGGAUGGCACGUGCAUUAUAUAAACAGAAAUUGGAGAGGAUUAAUGAUAAUAUGAAUUGUCAUCGAACGAUUAAAUUAAUUGGAGCAAUGCAAGGAACGCAAUGUUCACAAAUAGCUAAUAUUAUUUUACAACAACAUUCUAGGUUUAGAGAUCGUUUACAACAUCGAUCGAGUAGCUCAGGUUUAUUACCACCACGACAGUGUUCUUACGAUGGUGAUGGUGGCCCUUGUAAAGCACAAGCACUACCAUGUACAAGACAUUGUGGACGUCAUAUAAUGUAUAAUUCGGAUCAAUUAUUAUAUGAUUAUUGUACAGCAAAGUUUGCUGACAACACACAAUGUUGUAUACCAGUGUUUGAUUUAAAUCAUGAACUACCUUUGUGUAUCGAGCAUGCAAGAAAACGUGAUAAUUAUAAUAAAAUGUGUCAAGUUGUUAAACCAAAGAAACCACGUAAAAAAGUGAAACCAUCAGCGAUGAUACGUCCACAAAAACGAAGUAAGAAACGUAAACGACCAUCGUCAUCACAACAUUCUUCUUCAUCUUCAUUAUCAUCACAGCAUCAUCAUGUAUCGAAAACUACGUCCAAUAAUCAUCUGCAUCAGCAUCAGCAUCAUGAUAAACAACAUGUUCAACUGCACUCAGAAACCAAAUCAUCUACUGCAGAUAUUAAUGUGGCUGAAACAUCAUCGGCAUGCGAUAGUUCAGACGAUUUAGGACUUUCAAAUCCUCUUGCCGAAUCUACGGAAUUAUCUACACCAAAUCAUUUUGGCGGUGACGAGCCAGAUGAUGAUAUGGUAGCUCAAGUAUUGGGAGUUGGUGAGGAAUUACCUUUAGAAUUAGCUGGACCAGCGGAAGCACUUGUAAAUCAAGCAUCUAGAUUAUUAGAAGAAACUGAUUUGACGAAUGUUUUUAAUCAAAUACCACCGGACGCUUUCAAUGAUUUAUUUGCCAUUGAUCGAAAUGGUGUAUAUGAACCGACACGUGAAGAAACCGAAGAAUUAGAACGUGCUCUCGAAGCUGUUAAUCAAGAUGUGAAAUCAUUAGAGAAAAUGUCACAAACUCAAGGCAUUUUAGAUUCGCUGUUAGAUGAACAUGCAUUAGUUGAAUCGUUGGCACACAUGCCAGAUGUAUUCCCAAAUUUAAAUGGUUUUAGUGUAACUAGUAGUAGUAGUGUUGCUCAAACAGUUUCAUCCACAGUUCCAACCGUAAUUCCAUCACGAAUUCAUAAUUUAGAUAAUAUUAUAUCUGUUCAACAACCACCUGCACAUAUGCCCUCCUAGAGUUUUUUUUUAAAACUAAUUUAUUGAAACUAACCUAAAAAAAACUAAACAAAAAAAAUUGAAUCAGUGUAUAAUUUUUAAGAAUUGAUUGUGAGAAAGAAGUUAACUGAAAAUGUGAAGAAAAGAAUGUCGCUUUAAUUAAAUUUUAAGGUAAAAAUGCAAUAAUUAUAACUUGUUUUUACAUCACUGACUUUUUUUUACAAGAUUAUCUAGGGUCGGGCGUAGUAUUUGACACGAGACUUCAGAACAAUUGGAAAUUUGAGAGAGUGGUAUCAAAAUCAUCAAUAGGGAAUAUUCAUGUAUUUUUUUUUAAUAUU